GAGGUAACGAAAGGGCGCAGGCGAGGAAGGGUCGUCGCAGGAGAACGCGGACGCCGAGGGCAGAGCAAGAGCUGCCCCGCCACGCUCACCGGGCGGUGGAAAGGAUUCAGUAAUUGAUGCUGGUCUGCUAUCAGAAGAGUUUGUUUGAAGACUGCCCAUGGACAAUCAAUGUCGGUGUUUGCUGAAGUUCUAGGAUUCUUUUGGUUUGCUGUAUAAUUAACUGAAGAGUCCCAUUUUUUUUUCCCAUGAACCAUCUUUCACCUCUGGAAAAGAGAGGUGCAAAGUAGGUCAACAUGAGUGGCCUUGGGGACAGUUCAACGGACCCUGCCAACCCCGAUUCGCGGAAGAGGAAAGGCUCGCCGUGUGAUACGCUGGCGCAGAGCAAUGAAAAGCGGCGACGGGAACAGGAGAACAAAUAUUUAGAGGAGCUGGCGGAGCUGCUGUCUGCAAACAUUGGGGACAUCGACACUCUGAGUGUCAAACCCGACAAAUGCAAGAUCCUAAAAAAGACGGUUGAUCAGAUCCAGCAGAUGAAGAGGUUGGAACAAGAGAAAGCGGCCGACGACGAAGUGCAGAAGUCGGACAUCUCGUCGAGCAGCCAGGGGGUGAUCGAGAAGGAGUCGCUGGGACCGCUGCUGCUGGAGGCCCUGGACGGCUUCUUCUUCGUGGUGAACCGCGAGGGGCGCAUCGUCUUCGUCUCCGAGAACGUGACCAGCUACCUGGGCUACAACCAGGAGGAGCUCAUGAACACCAGCGUCUACAGCAUCCUGCACGUGGGCGAUCACGCCGAGUUCGUCAAGAACCUGCUGCCCAAGUCGCUAGUGAACGGAGUCCCUUGGCCUCAAGAAGCGACGAGGCGCAACAGCCAUACGUUCAGCUGCAGGAUGCUGAUCCGGCCCCCGGACGAGCCGGGCGCGGAGAACCAGGAGGCUCGCCAGCGGUACGAGGUGAUGCAGUGCUUCACCGUCUCCCAGCCCAAGUCCUUCAAGGAGGAAGGAGAAGAUUUCCAGUCGUGUCUGAUCUGCAUUGCAAGAAGAUUACCUCGACCCGCCGCCGUCGCCCCUUCCGAGUCCUUCGUGACCAAGCAGGACACCACAGGUAAAAUCAUCUCCAUUGACACCAGUUCCCUGCGAGCUGCCGGCAGAACGGGCUGGGAAGAUUUAGUGCGGAAGUGCAUCUACGCUUUCUUCCAGCCUCAGGGCAGAGAGCCGUCCUACGCCAAGCAGCUAUUUCAAGAAGUGAUGACCCGCGGCACAGCCUUCAGCCCCUCGUACCGGUUCACCCUGAGCGACGGGACGGUUCUCAGCGCCCACACCAAGUGUAAGCUCUGCUACCCUUCCAGUCCGGAGAUGCAGCCCUUCAUCAUGGGCAUCCACGUCAUCGACAGGGAUCACGGCAUGCUCUCGCCCCAGGAGAACACUAACGCGGGGCUGUCCCUGCCCCGGGUGAGCCCCUCGCUGAAUCCCAGCAUCUCCCCAGGACAAGGCAUGGCCCUGCCACCCUCCAUCCCUCCAUCCAACGGCAGCAUGUUGGCGACCAACGUAAACCAGCAGCCAGGCUCCGGCCUCCACAGCAGCAACUCCAGCACCAGCCAGACAAGCUUUGGGUGUUCACCUGGUAACCAGAUAGGAGCCAACGUUGCCUUAAGUCAGGGACAAGCUGGUCCCCAGAACAGUAACCACACUUUGAACCUCAAUAGCUCCCCCAUGAGUAGUCCAGGGAUUACCCCACCGCAGUUCAUGUCUCCUAGGCAUCGGGUGAGCCCGGGACUGGUACCGAGGCCCCGUGUGCCCAGCAACAACCCUUUCUCCCCGACCAUGCCCACCAUGCACUCCCCCGUGGGGAUGGCCAGCAGCGGCUGCGGUGGCAACGGCGGCGGCAGGCCCUUCGCCAGCGCCCCGCUGAACUCGAUGCAGGGGCUCAGCGAGGGCCCGGGCACGCCGGUGGGCUACUCCACGCCGCCUCCCGUGCUGCGGCAGCUGAGCUCGCAGAGCUCGCCCGGCCGCCUCGGCAUGCAGCCCAUGAAGGCCGAGUCGAAGGACAGCAAAGAGAUCGCCUCCAUCCUCAACGAGAUGAUCCAGUCGGACGGCGGCUCGAGCGAUGGCAAAGCCCUGGACUCGGGCGUGCUUCAUGCCGGUGACAGACUCUCGGAGGGGGAAAGCAAGUGCUCGCAAGCCACCAGCCACAAGCUGGUCCAGCUGCUGGCCACCACGGCGGAGCAGCAGCUGCGGCACGCCGACGCCGACACGAGCUGCAAGGACUCGCUCGCCUGCGCGGGCGCCGCUGGCGGCCUGGCCGCCGGCAACCCGCCGAGCAGCACUUGUCCCUCCUCGCACAGCUCGCUGACGGAGCGGCACAAGAUUUUGCACCGGCUCCUUCAGGAGGGCAGCCCUUCCGACAUCACCACCCUGGCGAUGGAGCACGACAAGAAGGAUAACGCCCCGAACCCCGCCAGCACCCCCUCGGCUCCCAGCCAGCUCCCGGCCACGCCGGAAAUCAAACUGGAGCCCGACGCCUUGAAGAAAAAGGAUGUCAAGGAUCACCAGCUCCUGCGCUACCUGCUAGACAAGGACGAGAAGGAGCUCGCCGCGGCACCGGCCCUCAGCCUGGACGACGUGAAGGUGAAGGUGGAGAAGACGGAGCAGAUGGAUCCGUGUAACACCACCCCGGUGCCGCUGCCCAAGGCGCCUGCCGCGGAGGAGGUCAAGCUGGAGUCGCAGGGCCAGUUCGCUGCCGAGCUGGAGCAGCUGGACCAGCUGCUGCCGUCGCUGGAGAAGGCGGCGCCAGCGCCCGGCCUGGGCGGCCCCGAGCGAGCCGAGAGCAGCGCGGCCGGCGGCGGCGGCGUCAAGCCGGAGAUCCUGGCGGCCCCCCUGCAGCCCGCCGCCGCCCGGGCCCCCGCCGGACUCAACCGAAUGACCGAACUGGAGAUGACAGUGCCGGAGCACCAGUUCGGGCAGCCGGGACUGGGCGAGCAGAUGCCGUGGCCGGACAACAGCGUGGCCUCCGUGAGCCGCGGCGCCCUGAGCAAGCCCGACGACCAGUGCAUCGCCUCGCAGCUGGACGAGCUGCUCUGCCCCCCGACCACGCCGGAGGGCCGCAACGACGAGAAGGCCCUGCUCGAGCAGCUCGUGUCCUUCCUCAGCGGCAAAGACGAGACGGAGCUGGCCGAGCUCGAUCGGGCGCUCGGCAUCGACAAGCUGGUGCAGGGCGGCGGGCUGGAGGCGCUGACGGAGAGGUUCCCGCCCCAGCAGGCUGCCGCGCCGCUGCUGCUGGAGCAGAAGGCCGGCGCGUACCCGCAGCCUUACUCCUCGGCAGCGCCCGCCGCCAGCCUCCCCGCCGCCUUCCCCGGCAUGGUGCGCCAGAAGCCGUCGUUCGGGCCCGUGCCGGUGCAGGUGCCGCCGCCGCCGCGCGGCGCCUUCCCCACCAGCAUGGCCAUGCAGCCCCGGCAGCCCCUCAGCCGGCCCCCGACGGCCCCCAACCAGCUGCGACUUCAGCUGCAGCAGCGGCUCCAGGGCCAGCAGCAGCUGAUCCAUCAAAAUCGGCAGGCAAUCCUCAACCAGUUCGCGGCGAGCUCGCCGGUCGGCAUCAACAUGCGGGCCGGCAUGCAGCAGCAGAUGACGCCGCAGCCGCCGCUGAACGCCCAGAUGCUGGCGCAGCGCCAGCGGGAGCUCUACAGCCAGCAGCACCGGCAGAGGCAGCUCAUGCAGCAGCGCGCCAUCCUGAUGCGGCAGCAGAGCUUCGGGAGCAGCCUGCCGCCCUCGGGCGGGCUGCCCGUGCAGAUGGGGGCGGCCCGCCUGGCCCAGGCGCCCCCGCAGCAGUUCCCCUACCCCCCCAGCUACGGUACGAGCCCCGGCAACCCGCCCGCCUCCACCAGCCCCUUCUCGCAGCUGGCCGCCAGCCCCGAGGCGGCGCUGGCCAACCGCGGCGGCAUGGUGAACCGGGGCAUGAUGGGCGGCGUCGGCGGGCAGUUCGGCGCCGGCAUGACCCCGCAGAUGCAGCAGAACAUCUUCCAGUAUUCGGGAUCAGGCAUGGGCCAGCAAAGCGAGCCCGCCUUCGCCCCGUCGCUCAGCCCCAGCAGCCCGCUGAUGUCGCCGCAGCUCCCUCCGUCUCAGAGCCCCAUGCUGCAGCCGGCUGCGCCGACGCCGGGCUACCAGUCGCCGGACAUGAAGACCUGGCAGCAAGGAGCGAUGGGGAAUAACAACGUGUUCAGCCAAGCCGGGCAGACCCAGGCGGCGCCGGCUCAGCAGGGCAUGUACAACAACAUGAGCAUCACCGUGUCCAUGGCCGGGGGAAACACCAGCGUCCAGAACAUGAAUCCCAUGACGGCACAGAUGCAGAUGAACUCGCUGCCGAUGCCCGGGAUGAACUCCAUGUGCUCGGAGCAGGUCAGCGACCCGGCGCUGAGACCCGCGGGCCUUUACUGCAACCAGCUUUCCUCCACUGACCUGUUGAAAACGGAAGCAGACGGGGCGCAGGUCCAGCAGGUUCAGGUGUUCGCGGACGUGCAGUGUACGGUGAACCUGGUGGGAGAGCCCUACCUGAACCAGCCGGCGGCCCUGGGCGCCCCGAAGGCCGCCGCGGGGCCGCCGCCGCCGCCGCCGCCGCCGCCGCCGCCGGGCCAGCAGAAGAGCCUCCUGCAGCAGCUACUGACCGAAUAACGCUUCUCAGAGGAAUGUGAAGUUUAAAUAAUAAGACGUACAGAGAUUAUAUAAAUAUAUAUAUUAUAUAUUUUUCUGAGAUUUUUGAUAUCUCAACAACUUGCAGCCAUUCUUCAGCUCGUAGUGUUUUGGAGCAAAAACGGGGGGUGUUUUGUUUGGGGGGGGCUAUUUUUUUUUGUUUCGUUCCCCUUUUUCCCCCCUUUUUUUUUCCUUUUUUUUUUUUUUAAAAGCGUCGGAUGUUGGCGAAGCGACGGGGCAGGACAGCCGGUUUUCUUGAGCCAAAAUUACAGAUGAUUCUUAUUUUUGUAAUCAGUUGCUGGCUUCUUAAUCUGGACGACGGUUUCUCGGGGAGGCGGGGAGGGAAGGGGGCCGCAGGGAGCCGCAGGGCUGCGUCGGGAGGAAGACGAGGACGAGGAGGAGGAGGAGGAGGAGGAGCAGGAGGAGCAGGAGGAGAGGAGCAAUCUCAGUUUCAGCUGGAUCUGUCACUGAUCGCGCCCGGCCCGGGGACGCGGCGCCGGGGUGGGGGGGGACGCUGGAUUUCCGCGCGGAAAGCCGGUUUUACUCACGCUUAAAACAAGACCCUUCGCCCCGCGCCCCAGCCCGCUUGUGCGUACAAUCAGCUUUUUCUAGCAAUCGUGAGUUUGUCGGUUUUAAAGAAGAACAGAGUAUUUUGACCCACCAUUUUUUUCCAUGGUUUAUGCUGGUUUAAAAGCCUCCUCGCAAAAAAAAAAAAAAAAAAAACGGAGGCGACAACGUGUAUAUGACAACCGAGGAAAAAAAAAAAAAGACAAAAAAAGAACAGUUCGGGGGGAAAAAAAACUGCAAUAAUUUUUAGGGGGAAGGAUGGGGGGAGGGUUCUGUCAAUUAUUGUAGAUAAAAAUUUUCUGAUUAAAUAUUAAAUAAAAUUAAGCAGUCGGUUCUUUCUGCUUUGAUUGUGUUUAACAGCUGAGGUAGCUUAAACUAUUUAAAAUAAUAAUAAUAAAAUAAUAAUAAUAAUUGAA